UCCAGCAACCUCAAAUGGAUACUGGUGUGGGGGGCAUUGUUUACAGUCUUUGCUACUAGGACUAAUGGCAUUGAUAUCUUUAUGGAUUGGAAUGUUUCUUUCAGCAAUAGUUUGAGUCCUUUGUCUAUUGACCAACAGGUUAUCACUAUCAAUGGGAUGUUUCCAGGGCCUCUGCUGAAUGCCACUACCAAUGAUGUUAUUCAUGUGAAUGUCUUCAACUUCCUGGAUGAACCGCUACUCUUUACAUGGAAUGGCAUACAACAAAGGCUAAAUUCAUGGCAGGAUGGGGUUUCUGGCACCAAUUGUCCAAUCAAACCCUCUACAAACUGGACUUAUGUGUUCCAAAUCAAGGAUCAGAUUGGCAGUUUUUCCUACUUCCCUUCCAUAAACUUCCAGAAAGCUUCUAGUGGAUAUGGACCAAUCCGAGUUAAUAAUCGGAAUGUUAUAGCUGUCCCUUUCCUCAAACCAGAAGCUAAAUUUGAUCUUCUGAUUGGUGAUUGGUAUGCUGGUGACUAUAAGUAUUUCAGGACAUUGUUGGGAACAGAGGUGAGUGCAUAUGAUGUCACCCCUGAUGCUAUUCUGAUGAAUGGGAAAGGCCCUUAUGGACAUCCAAUGUCAACGCCCUAUGAAUCCUUCACUGUUGAGAAAGGGAAGACAUACAGGUUCAGAAUAUCAAAUGUUGGAAAUACAUUGAGUUUCAAUUUCAGGAUUCAGAAUCAUACAAUGCUGUUGGUUGAAACAGAAGGGUCAUAUACCAAUCAGAUUUCCCUGAAUUCUCUUGAUGUUCAUGUUGGUCAAUCCUACUCAGUUCUUGUCACAGCUGAUCAAAAUGAUGCAGACUUUUACAUGGUAGCAAGUCCUAAAUUACUUGACACCAGCAUUAUAGGUCUAGGGGUGCUUCAUUAUUCCAAUUCCACCACACCAGCUAGUGGACCUGAUACUUUUGAUCUAGACUUCUCAGUGAAUCAAGCUAAAUCCAUUAGGUGGAACUUGACGGCUGGAGCUGCAAGGCCUAACCCACAAGGAACCUUCAAUGUAACAAAUGUGACACUGUCUCAAACCUUUAUCCUCCAAAGCACAAGGGCUGAAAUCAAUGGCGCACCACGCCUAGUUGUUAACAAUGUGUCUUAUUACACCUCCAAUACCCCAUUGAAACUUGCUGAUCACUUAACUAAUGGAUCAGGUGUCUAUACACUCUAUCAGUUUCCAAUUCAAUCUGUCAAUUCUGAAGCUGCAUAUGGAAUAUCUGUUGUUACUGGGAACCACAGGGGGUGGGUAGAACUUGUAUUCAAAAACGACAUAGAUGACAUGGAUUCUUGGAAUUUAGAUGGUUUUAGCUUCUUUGUAGUAGGGUUUGGCAGUGGAGAUUGGACACCAGAUUCGCGCAACACCUACAAUGUUAUUGAUCCUAUUGUCCGAUCCACUGCACAAGUUUAUCCAGGUGGAUGGACUGCAGAAUAUGCAUUCCUGGACAACCCUGGGAUGUGGAAUUUGAGGUCUCAGAACCUGAAGAAUUGGUAUUUGGGUCAGGAGCUUUAUAUCAGAGUCUAUGAUGCUGAUCCUAACCCGGCCAAGGAACGCCCUCCACCUGACAACCUCCUACUAUGCGGAAUUUUUUAUCAAUCUAAUGCUCCCGCACCAGCACCUGGACUGUUGACCGGAUUCUGA